CUGUGCGCGCGGCGCGGGGGCAUCGCGAGUGUCCGGUCCGUAAGUCAGUUCGACCACUAUUUAAUGGAGAGUGGGCGUUUUUGUGACACGUGCUAAGCUUCUUUUGAUUUUUAAUAUUAAAUCAAUUUAUUAAGUGUUUUGUAUGUGAAAGCAAAAUAAAAUAAAAAAAGCAUAAUUUUAGAGAUGUCGCGAUCACUGAAAAUAUUGAGAAUGCUUAAUGAAGGUGCAGAAGAGCCCGAACUUAGUUAUUCAUUUUCAAAUGUUCAUGCCGAAUACAUGGACGUAUAAAAAAAGGCGGACAGAGUUUCGCCUAAGACAAGACUGAGGCACCGUAAUGGCGGCGGCUAUUGAUGAGUGAGUGAAUUGUAGGGUUGCUAGGUUAGCCAAUUUUUUACCAAUAAAACACAGUAAAAACAUGAAAAUAUUUUGAUUGUUCAAAAUUUUACUUUUUGCCCGACUGCGGAGGAUAAUGUUUUUCGAGCGUAUGUAUGCAUGUAUGUAUGUCCAAUAAUUUGGCACGCCCUACAGCCUGAACGUCUUGACGGAUUUUGACAUGCGAGGUGUCAUUCGAUUUGUCGUGAUUGUGUGAGUGGCACUCGGUAUAUUAAAAUUUCAAAAAAUCAAAAUAACAGAUUUUAUGCGCCAAAAUGAACCAUUUUGAAAUAAAAGUAUAAGUAUUUUUAUAACCCGUCAAGCGAGGUAUCAAAGUGAAGGGUUUUUAAAGAAUAUUUAGAAAAUAUACAACUCGUGUAAUUAAAAAAUAAUGAAAUUAAAAUGUAGAAAAUAAAAAAAAUGUACUAAAAAGAAAAAAAACAAGUCCAGUAGUCUAGAAUUCUGUUUAAUAAGGAACAAAGUUACUUUAACAGUCGGGACUCAUUAGAAAUUCUAGAAUGUAUCCAAUUUUCUCAAUAUUGGGUAAAUCAACUAAAUAUAGAUGGCCUGGCCUGCAUUCUCUUUCAUAUUUCUUAAAAUAAACUAACACCCAUUGAGUACUGUUUGUAAUUGAGGAGUUCCAUUGUUUUCCUCCGAAAGUACUCAUCAGAUCUCCAGUAAAUUAAUAUGCAGCCAUCUCGCUAGUAAACUGAUUAAAACAAAAAAAGAAUCAUCAUAAACGGUCCACGAAUCUCGGAGAUCUGCGCGAACAACAAUAAAAAAAAAACAAAUAUGACGCAUUGCGAAGCUCUUCCUUUUCGAAGUCGGUUAAAAAUUUUAAUCAACCUUUUGAGGUAAUGCAUACGUAAUAACACGCCGGAGUCCUCCUUUAGUUGUAUGUAAGUCUUGAGCUUCAAAAUGAAGACUAAAAAUGACACUACUACAUAUUUGUUUGGAAAUCAUUCAUUUUCCAGUAAUUUCUCCAUACUAAAUUUUCUUUAGGAAAUCUGACAAUAAAUAAUAGAUUGAAGUUAAUGUCAAUCGAAUUUCCCAUAUUUUAGGUAAUAUGGUUACAUGAACAUUGGCAACACUGGGCUUUAGACUAAUCAUUUUGUCCUUAGAAUUAAAAUUGAUUUCGAUUUCUAAAAAUUAGAAAAAAGUGAUUCAAUUAUUCAUUUACCUAUGAAACGUGAUUCCUGGAUUUUUUUUCUUUCGGUCACUACGGUUUUUACACCUUUUUACAAGCAAGAUAUCUUGUUUAGCUUAUUUUUUAUCUCCACGUAACGUGUCAGCUGCUUUGACGUUUGCACGCGUAGUGGCUGACUAUUGUGUGAAUGUGUGCGUGCCGGCUUGUACGUACAGCGACCUGGCCGACUCUGAGCGACACAGUUUAUUUUUUACCGGGACUCUGUCCGCCUUUUUUUAUAAGUCCAUGGCCGAAUAUUUAAAUAAAAAUGUAGAUACUGUUGUGAAUUUUGUAGAAAACGGCAUGUUGUCAUCUUUACCCCCUGGUGCAGAAGAAAUUAGUCAAGAAUUAGCUGAUAUAUGGGAGGAAGUUUUGCAGGAAGAUGGUGGGAGCAAGAAAAUCAUCUGCGACAGCUCAAUACGGAAUGUCAUGUCUGUUCAGUCUGUUAACGAUAUUUACAGCAAUCAACCUAGUACAUUUUCUUUGGAAGUGCCGUCUAGUUUCGAAAAUUCACCAUUAAUACAGCUUGAAGAGUUAGAGGUUUCUCACCACAGAUCUACCCCGGUUAAUUUGGAACUGUCAGUACCAACUCCUAUGCCGUCUCCUACUAACCUUCAUUCAACUUGCGAUAGCGUAUUCUGCCCUAAUCAUGUAGACUCCUCUGUUAUUUCAUCAUCACUUACAAAUUCGCCGGCUACUUCAUGCUUUAAUAACCACACAGUGACUCCUAAAGUGACCAGAAAAAGACAGCGGCGUCCAAAAGAAUGAAUAGAUGUUAAAUGAAAAUGCCUUAAAACUUAUGUAAAAAAUAUGUAAGGAAGAAGGGAAAAGCCGUGGAUGAAAAAACUACGGGGCCGCCAUGCAAGUGCCGCUACAAAUGUUCUGGUAAAGUAUCUCACCAACAGAGAUUGGACUGCUUCACAAAAUUUUUGCAACUGGGAGAUCGAGCUAGCAAUGGAAUUUCAUAAUAAAAUAUUCCGAUAAAAUGAAGAAGAAAAGAAGCCUCAAUCAAGAUAUUCCUAAUAAUAGAAAGUUUACUUUUAAGUACUAUCUCCCAUCUCCCUCUCAUUACAGGCACCAGCGAAUCUCACUGCGAGAAAAUUGAAAUAUGCCAAAUAAUGUUCCUCAACACUCUUGCCGUUACUGGAGUAGCAUAAGAGAAGUUCACGCAGAUGGGAUUGAUGCCAACAAAUCGUUUUUUAAAUACGACCUGAUUCAACCUGAUUAUCAUAUUUUAGAGGCACAAACCGAACUAAAACCUGCCUAUUCUGAACCAAUAAAGAUUCCCGCUGCUAAAUAUAAGGAUCUAAUGGAUAUGUGCAGUUCAGGAGUUAUUCCAUUAGAAUAUCAUCAAUACUUUAACUCUUUGCCACAUCAUAUCACUGUUGAUGUUUCUGAGGAAUCAGAUGAUGACCGGUCAGAAUAAGAUAUUCUCAUCUUGCUUAUGCUCUUUACUUUUUGUUUAUUCUUUUUAGACUUGAAUGCUUAUUGCUUCUUGAAUGCCCGCUGAUUUAGAAAAACACAUAAUAAUUAUAAGUUCCCCUAAUUGAUUUAAUUAUUACCUAUGUGCACACACUGCUAAACCGCGAUGUAAGACUGAUUGAUCAUAUUAUGAAGACUGUAUGUUUUAUCGUAUAUUUUGAAAUAAGUACCUAGUGUUAUGUCCAAAUGUACUCAUACAAAACUUUUCCACUAUUGCAAUAAGUAUUAAAACACAUCUAUAAGUUUAAGAUCAUACCUACUGUGAUACGAUUUGCCAUUUAAUUACUUAUUAGUUUUGUUCUAGGUAUAAGUACAAUUUAAUUUUUGUUAAGUAUGUACAACCUCAACGUUCAUUUGAUUAGUAAAAUUAUUAAGAAGAAAAAUGUUAUUUUUGAUUUUGUAAUUAGUGCAUAUAUUAUAAUUCUAUAUGCACCUUCGUGCAUUGGUGCAUUGUUCUAAUAGGUACAUAGAUGGUCAGACUACGCUAAUUAAUGCUGUGAUUUAUGGUUGCUAUUAUUAUAGAUGACUCCAUCCAAUGUUCUAUUGAGAUUUUUAUUUUUAAUAAACGAUUUGAGAUAACAAUUCACUUUUUCAUUUUGCAAUAUGGGGAGAUAGGUAAAACUAAUAUUAUGCUUACAUGCUUAAGUUUCUCAUACACAUAAGACCCUUUGAAUAUAGGUAAUUCCAACAAAAAACGACUCAUGUUAAUGUAGCACGUCACUUCUUCCGUAAAACAACGUUCAAUGUUUUCUACGGACCUCCGCUCUUACGCUAUAAAACGUCCUAUGUUGAUAUUAUGGAACUCACUAUAUCGUAAAGUAAAUUAUUUAGAAAUAUACAAUAUAGAGCAUUUACC